UGCAUUUAAUAUAGUUUUCAAGCAAAGUAUAAAUAUAAUGGACCCUAUAGACUUUUCCAUUGAAGAUGUUUUAGAAAAAUGGAAUGUACUUCAACAAGAUUGUGGUAAAAAAUGUGACACUUCUAAUGAUUCAUUGUGGUAUAGGCAAAAGACAUCAUUUUCUGCAAAUACAUUACAUAGAAAAAAGAGAACAAGCAAUAAACAAGUUGGUUUUACAAAUGUUCAACCAAGAAAAUUUUGCAUUCAGCCUCCAACAUUGCAGACAUGUUUCCAAACAUACCAAAUUUCAGCUUGUAAACUAUGUCAGAAUAUUAUCAAAUCCGUUGAAAUAAAUGAGUCAAACCUUGGCCAAACAGUUGAUUUAUUCAAAUUUAUUGAAAAGCAUAAAGGAAUCACUGAGCGUUGGUUUUAUCAGUUGUUUAAAAAUACCAAUUCACCAGUCUUUUUCCAAUCAAAAGAUAGACUGCUCCUUCAAAAAAUUAAUAAAAAAAGGCAUCCUCUUAUAUUCAUUCAUGAUGGUUGUUCUUUGGUACAUACUAUUUAUGUUUAUAUUUAUAUUGCAGCAAUUCUUGAUGAGAUACCUGCUGUGUUUAUAAAUGAAAAACUUGUCUCAUCUUUUUUACUAAGAUACUUUAUGGAAAAAAUUGGCUUUGUUUUUAUGAAAGAACCUUCAGAUGUUAUUAUGAAAUUAGGUUCACUUCAUGAGGCUGAAAAAUGUGUUAUUUUGCCAAAAUCUACCUGUCAAUUAAGUAUAUCAAAUUUACUGCUGAAUGAAAUUAGAAUAAAAGGUUGCAAGCCAAAUGCAUUGAUUAUACCUAUAGCCUGUUCUACUGAAAAUAAAAAUAGUGGCAUUACAUAUUUAUCUUUAUCCAUGCCUAUUUAUUUAGAGUCGUUGUUGGACCAUUCUCAUAACAUGAAUGAGCAUAAUAUAAAAGAUGAAGAAAAUAACCUUAUCAAUCGACACCUAAAUUAUGAUUUCUUUCAAGCAAGCACAGUUCUUCCUGUUCAUUUGUUAAGUUAUAUUUUUCUUGUACUGCAUCGAAAAGGUUUGUCAAGAGAAAAACUUAAAUGUGCUUUGGAAGAAAUUCUUGAAGAAUUAAAAUCAAUGGACGUCUUUUUGGGUUUUUCUGGAGAUAUUGAAUCUGUAACAGCCCAUGGUGUUGAAGUAUUAUGCAACCAAUCACUUUUAUUGGUUAAUGAUGGUAUUGUUUUACCACAAAUUAAUGAUUCAAUGAAAGCUUGUCAUCUAUUUUCAUAUUCUUUAAAGAUAUUUCAGAUCAUGAUGCCAAAAGCGAUAUUAGCAUGUUCCCUUAUCUCAACAAUUGGUGGUGAAAUUAAGUUACGACAAGGAUAUGGUGAACCUUUUACAUUCAAGACUCAGACGGUUAUAGAAAAUGCAGAGUUUUUGGCAGAGCUUUUUUCAUAUAUGUUUGAUUACCAUUGCCCUUUUUCUAUUUUUUCGUCUACUAUUAUGGAUACUUUUGAUAAAUUUGUUGCUAUGGAUAUCAUUACUUCUCAACAACAACAUUUUGAAGAUCAAACUCAUAAGAAACUUUCUCAGAGUGUAAAUGCAGAGUUUAUUGAUGAUGAAGAAGAAGUUUUUGGUGGAGCUGAUGCAGACAACAGUCAAUUAUUUGAGUUAAUACCAAGUGAAAGCAACAUUCAGAUAUUAUCAAAUUGGCGAGCAUGCGUAAUUCCGUUUAUUGAAAUAGCGUAUUUAAUAACCAAUCUUAUUCAUAUUAAAAAAACAGGCGAACACUUUUCUACAAUGGAUAUACUUAACUUGUGUCUUCGAAGAUUUAAAGAUGGUCUAUUUGAAAAUGGUGAAAUUCUUGAUCAAUCCUACGUUGCUAAAUAUUUAGAGUAUUUGUUUGAAAAAGAAUACGUCGAUGAUGUCGAUGAUGACAAUACUUUUGUUAAAUCGUCUACUGGUGGUCAAACCCUGACCCAAUUAUUGUUAAUGAUUGUUAAAUAUAGAAUAUAAUUUUUUUUUAAACCUAUAAUACCGUUUAAAGAUUGCUUGGUUUAAAAAAAAUUAUCACGUUUUUUUAAAUCCAUAUAUAAAAUAAUUUUUGCAUUAUACAUUAUUAUAUAAUAAUAUUAUAUACAUUAAUAUAUAAUAUAAAUGUUAAUUCUUAAAACUUUGUAAAUCAAAAGAAUUGAAUAAUCUUGUGUUCAAUAAA